CUCAUCUCACGCGAAAAUUUGGUCAUCGCAGAGCUAUUCUGUUCAUCUCAUUCUCUGAAAAUUUGCAAGUGGAAGUUCAUCUUAGGUUGCUAUCAAUUCAAAAUGGCAGAGGUGGCAGUAUCUGUGGCAGCAAAACUCGCUGAGUAUUUGGUGGAUCCAACUUUACAGCAGCUGCAAUAUUUGUUCUGUGUCGGCAAAAUCACAAGAAAUGUUGAGGUCAGAAAGUGGGAGCUCAUACUCACACAAGGGAAGGUGCAAGAACGUGUUCAAGAGGCCAUCAACAAGACUGAGAGGAUUGAUGGUGAGGUUAACAAGUGGAAGAGUGACGUGAAGAACCUCAUAGCAGAGCUGGAUAAGUUGGAGGAAAAACUAAAGGCCAACAAUGGCUGCUGCUUUAGAAGGUGGUGUCCUACUUGGAGGAGAUAUUGUCUUUGCAAAGAGUUGGCCAAGAUAACCCAAAGGAUGGUAGAGCUAAAUAUGGAAAGUGAUAAUUUUAAUCCAUUUUCUCAUCCUACUAUUAUCCCAGGUAUAGAGUAUCACUCUUCUCCCAAUUUUACGUUCUUCAACUCUACGCAAAGGGCUUUCGAUGAUCUGCUGAAGGCAUUAAAAGAUGAUGGCAAUUCCAUAAUUGGGCUAUGGGGCAUGGGCGGUUCAGGGAAAACUACCUUGGUGACAGAAGUAGGGAAGGAAGCCAAAGAAUCAAAGCUAUUUGAUCGAGUUGUGAAGACUACAAUUUCUCAAAACCUGGAAAUCAGAAAAGUUCAAGGUGAAAUUGCUGAUAUGUUGGGACUUAAAUUGGAGGAAGAAUCUGAUAUUGGAAGGGCAAAAAGAUUAGCACUAAGAUUACAGAGGGGAGAACGGAUCUUGAUAAUAUUGGAUGAUGUAUGGGCUAAGCUGAAUCUUGAGGACAUAGGGAUUCCCUUUGGGGGAAAUGAUCAAAGAAAUUGCAAAAUUGUCCUAACCACACGCCGGCAAGAUGUAUGUACAUUGAUGAAUUGUGGAAAUAAUGUAAUUCAGUUAGGCAUGUUAGAAGAAGAUGAAGCUUGGGAACUUUUUCAAACUCAUGCUAAUGUUGAUGGUGGUGCUAAAGAAGUCGUGGCACGGGAAGUUGCUAAGGAAUGUAAAGGACUUCCCAUUGCAAUUGUAGCUGUUGGAACUUGCCUGAAAGCAAAAGGACUUGAUGAGAUGGAGGUGGUACUGCACAAGUUGAAGCAUUCAAAACCAAUAGACCAUGAGGAUAAAAGUGUGAGAGAUGCUUUUGCUUGUCUCGAACUAAGUUACAGUUAUUUGAAAUCCAAAGAAGCCAAGUCAUUAUUCUUGAUGUGUGCAAUGUUUCCUGAAGAUCAUAAAAUUGUCAUUGAAGACCUUUUUAGAUAUGGAAUAGGGUUAGGCCUAUGUGAAGAUGCUGAAUCGUUUGCAAUAGUAAGGAGCCAAGUUACAACAGCUAUAGGUGUUCUCAUUGACUCUUCAUUGUUGAUGUAUUCUCUCAAUCUCAAGGGUGAAAAAUGUGUGAAAAUGCAUGACAUGGUUCGUGAUGUAGCAUUAUGGAUAUCAUCUAAUAUGAAGGGUACUAUUAAAGUAAACUAUGCAAAAGAACUGAAUGGAUUUCUUGAUGAUGAUGUGGUAAAAGAUUGCUAUGCAGUAAGCUCAUGGUAUCAUCAAUGGAAAUCACUUGAAUUUCCUUCUCAAUUGAAUGCUCCAAAACUUGAUAUUCUAUUGUUACAUUCAACCUCAUCCUUGGAUUUAUCACAUGCAUCAUUUGAAGGUGCAAAAGGACUCAAGGUUGUGGCUAUUAUUAGCAAAGGAUAUAGUCAUUUUAGUCGUCUUCCCUCAUUGAUGGUAAAGCCUCAAUCAAUCCAACAACUGUCUAAUCUUCGGACUUUGAGGUUGCGAGGUUGGUAUUUAGGUGACAUCUCUUUUGUGGUAAGCCUUACAAGACUUGAAAUUCUUGACUUGCAAGGUAGUAAAUUUGAAAAACUUCCAAAUGGAAUUGAAUAA